AUAUUAUUUAAACAAUCUUGUAUAUACAACCGUAGUAGGAAGUUAAGAUGGCUACCGUUAUACCGCCUCCAUCCAAGAAGCAAAAGAAAGAAGCACAACAAAUUAGAGAAGUUGAUCUUGUUCCCAAAGAUUUACCAAAUGUGCUUAUUAAAUUUCAAGCAUCUGAUUCUGGAGAAACAAUAGGUGGAUCAAUUAGAGUACCAGGUGGAAUUACUGAAAAACAAUUAGAAGAACUUUUAAAUCAAUUACAAGGUGAAACAGAUGAACCUGUUCCAUAUACUUUUUCCUUAUUAAAUAAGUCCAAUGAAAAUGAUAAACAAGAGCAAUUAAUUGAUAUUAAAGAUAAUUUAUAUUCAUCAGUAUUAAAACCAGGAAUAAAAACAACUGAAGAUUUCUUAACAUUAGUAUAUACUCCUAGAGCUGUAUUUAAAGUAAGAGCUAUAACGAGAUCUAAUGCAGCAAUUGCAGGUCAUGGAUCAACUAUUUUAUGUUGUCAAUUUGCUCCAAAUGAUUCUGGUAGAAUGUGUUCUGGAGCAGGAGAUUCAACUGCAAGAAUAUGGGAUUGUAAUACUCAAACUCCUUUACAUACUUUAUCAGGUCAUUCAAAUUGGGUAUUAUGUGUUUCAUAUUCACCUUGUGGUACUAUGAUUGCCACUGGAUCUAUGGAUAAUACUAUAAGAUUAUGGGAUGCUGAUACUGGUAAGCCAUUAGGAAAUCCAUUAAUUGGACAUUCUAAAUGGAUAUCUUCAUUAACAUGGGAACCAUUACAUUUAACUAAAUCUGGUCAAACUCCAAGAUUAGCUUCUGGAUCAAAGGAUGGUACUGUUAAAGUAUGGGAUACAACUAAUAGAGUAUGUUCAUUUACUAUGAGUGGUCAUACUAAUUCUGUAUCUUGUGUUAAAUGGUCAGGAUCAAAUAUAAUAUAUAGUGCAUCUCAUGAUAAAACCAUUAAAGCUUGGGAUAUAAGUGCUAAUGGUAAAUGUAUUCAAACAUUAAAGAGUCAUGCUCAUUGGGUUAAUCAUUUAGCUUUAUCUACUGAUUAUACCAUAAGAAAAGGUGGAUAUGAUCAUACUUCUACCAGGGCAUCAAGUAAAAAGCAAAAUAUGGAUGAAUUAAGAGAAAAGGCCAAACAACAAUAUGAAAAAGUUGCCAAAUUAAAUGGAGUAAUUAGUGAAAGAUUAGUUACUGCCAGUGAUGAUUUUACCAUGUAUUUCUGGGAACCAUUAAAGACUUCAAAACCAAUUACUCGUAUGACAGGACAUCAAAAAUUAGUUAAUCAUGUGUCAUUUUCACCAAAUGGACGUUAUGUUACAUCUAGUUCAUUUGAUAAUUCUAUUAAAUUAUGGGAUGGUAUAAAGGGUACAUUUAUUGGUACUUUUAGAGGACAUGUUGCACCAGUUUAUCAAACAUCUUGGUCAGCAGAUGAACGACUCCUUGUUAGUUGUUCAAAAGAUACUACAUUGAAAGUUUGGGAUGUUAGAACUAGAAAAUUAAAUGUUGACUUACCAGGACAUGCUGAUGAAGUAUUUGCUGUUGAUUGGAGUUUGGAUGGGAAAAGAGUUGCUAGUGGAGGUAAAGAUAAGAUGAUAAGAUUAUGGUCCCAUUAGAAACUGUAGCCUAGAGUUAAAGUAAAUAUAUAUGUCAUAGAUAGAAUUAAACAUGUAUAACAGAACAGUCCAAAAAGUAAUUAUCAUUGAAUUUCAAUAAACUUCAAUGACCUCUAAUAAAUUUCAGGGCCCCAAUUUGAAUUUCAUUUAAAAUCAAUAAACUUCACUGAAUCAAUCACAAUUACUUUUGAACAUAUGGAGCCUCACUAAUUAUUGCCUCAUUAUCCUUAACCAUAACAUAAAUCUGAUAUGGCUGGCUCAUUAUUAAAAAAUUGAUUUACUC